UCUUGACAUUAGCCUACUUUGUGUUAACCCAUGUUGAAAGCAUGCAUGGACACAAAACAUAGAGCCUAAACAAAGUUUCAGAAACAGCUAUACUGUAUACAUUUACUAGUUACAUGCUAAAAUAUAGAUUAAUAGAUAGAUAAAUAGAGCGUUAUUAGGUUGCUCUCACAUCUGCCAAUAAAGGUCAGAAUUUAAUAUCAAAAGAGAGCGAUAGAGAGGAGGGCUUCAAUGCGCUUGCGUGUGAGGUCUGAACCGAGGAUAAUGCAUGCAUAUCUGAAGUUUUUUAAGAAUAGACACCAUGGUUGGAAAAAAUCCGAAGUACAGACUUAAAGGACCAAUAUAUAAUAUAUUUACUGUACUAAAUCACAAAAUAACCAUGAUAUGUCAGAUUAAGGAAACAUGCUAAGUUGAAACACUGACUUCUAUGACAACAAUACUAUAGCCAGUAUUUCCUCUUUUGAAAUGAUCUAAAGUGGAAUGUCUAAUGUGAGAGGAUUACAUAUUGAGUGCAAAUAAACUUUAUUUAGCACACCUAAUUUCUUUUAUGCUUUCUCUGUUUUAGGCACUUCAACGGUAUCAACCCCAAGAGGGGAACAAAGGCCAGCCAGGGGAAGGUGGUGUCCAAGAAGACCAGGAAGCUGGUCCAUAAAAAGGCAGCAACUGUGAAUCUCUAUGUGGCCACCCUUAUAUAAAAAAAAAAAUACUCCUGGACUUUGAGUGAGGCUUUAUGUAGUCCACAACACAUCUCCACACAGGACCUCACUUUCAAACAAAAGCCCACAACCAGAUCUUCAUGAGGUCAUUUUAAGGCUAUGAUCCGCACCAACCGAUCCACUGUCGGUGGCUUCUUCCUUGCAGGCAGGAGUAUGGUGUGGUGGCCGAUCGGAGCAUCUCUCUUUGCCAGCAACAUUGGCAGUGGCCACUUUGUAGGAAUUUCUGGCACCGCUGCAGCUGCAGGACUAGCCAUUGGUGGAUUUGAAUGGAAUGCUCUUAUAGUGGUCGUCAUUCUGGGAUGGCUCUUUGUUCCCAUCUACAUAAAAGCUGGGGUGGUUACAAUGCCAGAGUACCUGAAGAAGAGAUUUGGAGGACAGCGUAUUCGCAUCUAUCUCUCUGUGCUGUCACUCUGCCUGUAUGUUUUCACCAAGAUCUCAGCAGACAUGUUCUCUGGGGCCAUUUUUAUCAACCAGGCUCUCGGGCUGAAUAUCUACCUUGCUGUUGUCAUGCUACUAUUGAUUACUGCACUGUACACUGUCACAGGUGGAUUGGCUGCAGUGAUCUACACAGACACGUUACAGACCAUCAUUAUGCUUGUUGGAUCAUUCAUCCUAAUGGCCUUUGCUUUCAUUGAGGUGGGAGGUUAUGAAAACUUCGAGAAGCUCUACAUGGAGGCCGUCCCUUCUGUGACGGCAAACAUCAGUUCAAGCUGCUACAAGCCUCGCCCAGACUCCUUUCAUAUCUUUAGAAACGCGAUUACAGGAGACCUGCCGUGGCCUGGCCUUGUGUUUGGACUCACCAUUCAGGCCACUUGGUACUGGUGCACUGAUCAGGUGAUUGUCCAGCGCUGCCUCUCAGCCAAAAAUUUAUCUCACGUUAAGGCAGGCUGUAUCUUGUGUGGCUACCUGAAGCUGUUGCCAAUGUUCCUCAUGGUUUUUCCCGGCAUGAUCAGCAGGAUACUCUAUCCUGAUGUGGUGGCAUGUGUGGACCCAGUAAAAUGUCAAGAAUACUGUGGCGCCAGUGUGGGCUGCACCAACAUCGCUUAUCCCAAACUGGUUGUGGAUCUCAUGCCCAAUGGUCUGCGUGGUCUUAUGCUGUCCGUGAUGCUGGCUUCUCUGAUGAGCUCACUUACCUCUAUCUUCAACAGUGCCAGUACUCUGUUCACCAUGGACAUCUACACUAAGGUUCGCCGCUCCGCCAGUGAGAAAGAACUCAUGAUUGCUGGCAGAGUGUUUAUCUUGAUCCUGAUUGGUGUGAGCAUAGCAUGGAUACCUGUGGUGCAGUCAGCCCAGAGCGGUCAGCUCUUUGAUUACAUCCAGUCCAUCACCAGCUACCUCACACCACCCAUUGCAGCUGUCUUCAUGCUUGCCAUCUUCUGCAAACGUGUCAAUGAGCCUGGUGCUUUUUAUGGCCUCACAAUCGGCCUGUGUAUUGGCCUCUCCAGGAUGAUUGCUGAGUUUGCUUUUGGGACUGGCAGCUGUGUUAACCCCAGUAACUGUCCCACCAUCAUAUGUGGGGUCCACUACCUCUACUUCUCCAUUAUCCUGUUUGUUAUCUCCUGUAUCAUCAUCCUGACAGUCUCUCUCAUGACCAAACCCAUCGACGACAAGCAUUUGUAUAGGCUGUGCUGGGGUCUCAGGAACUGUACUGAGGAAAGGGUGGACCUUGAACAGGAUGAUUGGGUUGAAAACAGAGAUUCCGACUAUAUGGAUGUAGAAGAACCCGAGGAGGAGCCAGGCUUGUGCAAGAAGGCAGUGAUGUGCUUCUGCGGCCUGGAGCAGAAAAAAGCCCCCAAGCUGAGUGCAGAGGAGCAGGCAGAGCUGCAGAAGAAGCUCACAGACACCACGGAGGUGCCUCUAUGGAGGAACGUUGUGAACGGCAACGCCAUCAUCCUUUUGUGUGUGGCUGUUUUCUGUCAUGGUUUUUUCGCUUAAAGAAACUCGCAUCACCUGAAUUGCACUCGGAUACUGUAAUUUAUAUUAAAAUGCCAGGAUUUUUUUAUGAAUGUAAUUUAUGAUCACAUGAACUGUUCAGUAGUCCCCCAACCCUUAAUAUAAGAUAAUGAACUUGUACACCAUUCUAUAGUGUAUUAUUAGUACUAUGUUGUAAUAUGUGUCGUAUUUGGCUACUGAACUCCUCCACGACAUAAGGUAUAUUUUUGUAAAGUAGAUGCCUGUCUAAAACUCUAAAAAAUAUCAUAACUGUACACAGGUUGUAUAUAAUCUUUAAUUUCUGCUAACUUUGCCUUUUGGCAGCUGAAUUUAUAAUAAAUUAAAUAUUGCAUAAUAAUAACAUUAUGCUGAAACACCCCCCCCCCCCCCGCACAGAUGUAGGUCUUCCAGUGUUCGCUCACAGCUUUCUUCCUUGUCUUUAAUGUUGCCUUUUUAAGCAUAAUGAGAACGUUAGAGCAGUUCAUGAAUGGAGCUGCAGGGUGACUCAUGCUCGUCUUCACCUGAAAUUGACUUUCAAGUUUGCAUGUAACAGACGAGAAAGUGAAUUGACCCAGGUUCAUUUUUAUGUUUUUUAAUUGCAAAGGAGGGAUAAACAGAAACUUAUUUGUAAUACAUUAAAGAUGUGGGUAUCUGAGGACAAGAUAGAAGAUUUUUAAAUUCCUGGUAAUUACUGUAUUUGCUACCUCAUUCUACCUAGGCCUUGUUUUUCUGUGCUCAAAGUCCAUGAAC